GUGGUAACACUUCCGCUCAGAUUCGCAGUUGAGUUUACCAUCAUACUGCAUAUGAGCAAAACAGAAUGAGGACGGCACAGCUUUUACUCUUCUUUCUGCUGGUGUGGUGUCAAACUACUGAGUGUUUAAAUAAUAAACGGGUAAAUUUAGGGCAAAACGUGACUUUAGACUGUCCGAUUGAUGUAAAAGAGAUUUAUUGGGUUUUCCAGAAACUGACAGAUUCUCCAGUGGUGCUACUGCGAACUUUCACAUCAGAUUCUACAACACCUCAGUUAUAUGACGAAAGAUUCAAAGACAAAUAUUCUUUACAAAUUCUAAGCCAUUUAGUUAUUAGUAAUGUAAGUACUGAUGAAUUAGGAAUAUAUUAUUGUGCAAAAACAGGCACACCUUUACAGCUGAGCAGUGGCACCAUACUUUACACCACUGAAUCUGUCCAAUAUCAAAAUCAAACAGAAUGCAACAAUCAUAAACAACCACAAUGUGAAAAUACACCCGAGAUUAACAAUAUCCUGACUUUCACAUCCUUGCUAUUAAACAUUGUGCUGAUUAUUGCAAUAAUAGGUCUGUUAAUGCUCAAACUUAAGAAGCUAAGAAAAAGUCAACAACAACCCCAGAAUGUCGAAACAGUGCUGCUUGAGGACUUAAACGCUGCACAGUAUUCUGAAAUCGAGUUACCUACAUAUUCCAGAGAAGAAAAUCCCAUUCAGACAAAUGGCACUUACGUACUUCUUCAGAAGCCAAAGCCAAAUCCUAGAUCAACACAAGCAGAAAUCAACACAUCUUGCAGACUACAAAGUCGUUAAUGAGGUAGUUUGAAACUUUCUGUGGGUGUGUUAAUUUUUUGUGGGGUUAUGUUUUAUAAAGGUCAAUAUGUUUCAGUCGCCAUUUAAGUGAAACCAUGUUGUUGAUUAUUUAUAACAUACACAAUUUGGUUGUGUGUUGUUACCAAGUACCUUAGACAUAUUAACAGAUCAAUUGUGAUUGAUGGAUUGAUGUGGUUAAAGUUUACAGUAAGACUCAAUACAUUAACAUUAAAUUAUACUGACAAUACUUGGAAUCCUGAAUCCUGGCCUAUGUUAAUUCAUGUAAACAAACAUAACUAGUUGAUAAUGACUUAUGUUACUUAAGUUUGAAUCCAAUGAUUGUAAUUUAUUUAAUUUUAUGUGUUUAACCAUGCUGGUUUUGGAUGAUUUAGUUGGUGACUGGUGACCAGCUGACACGUACCCGAAACCCAUCAAAAUUAGGUCUGAAAACAAAUUUCCCUAAAGGAAGUUCUUGAAUCAAAGUGCAAAACAUUAAUCAUGGUACAACUUCAGUAAAGCAAGAAAAAUACAUGGUCUAGACAUGUGUUGUGCAACGCUGACUAAAGUUUUACCAUGUUUGUAUCAUGUGAACAGAUUGGUAAAAGUGUUACUUCCUGUUUCUGAACAAACAGCUUGAGUACAUGAAAUGUCUACAUGCAUUAAGGUCAAAAUCUAGAUGAAAGGUCUAGGUUCAAAACUGUUGCGAUGCAAUUCAUCAGAAGUGAUUUAAACUUCCUGUUCGUUGUUUGCCUCAGUAAAGUGUUGCAACAUCCACUUAUGACUCAUAAAGACAUUAAAACUUGUUUUAAGAGACGGAUGGAGUUUUUAUUUAUUUAUUUAGGUUACAAUUACAUUUGUACAUUUUCAUGAUAACACAAGCAUAACAGCAUAUAUACACAAAGGCCGUAACCAACACAGACACUGAGGGAAACAUGUCCGUUAGGAUGUUUACGCUAGUCUACCUCAGCAAGAGGGUUGCCAGGUUUUCACAAGAAAACCCGCCUAAUUGCUACUCAAAUUGCGUUUCGGGGGUUAAAAUACACGUUUUUAGCAGGAUUCCCCUGGUAAAAUUAGCAAGCCAGGGGCUAAAUAUUGCGUUAUUGGGAUCGCUUCAACCCGCAGACAUGAAAAAUAACCAGCA